AUGGCCCUUCUGCCUGUUUCUCCCUCUGGCUGCUUGUUUCUCCCUCCUCGUGUUUCGGCUGUCCCGCCUCGACCAGCUGCAAUCUCUCCUGCUGGCUGGCCAUCUCUCCCAUCGCAUUCUUUUACCCCCAGUUGCACUUCCGACCUUGCAAUGGCCGCCGAAGAAGAUCCGCUCAUUCAGGCCCUGCCGCCGGCCACUGACUACCUGACCUAUCUCACCCUCCUCGAAUACCAACUCACCCCCGCCCGCCUUCCCAUUCUCCACAAACUCCUCCAGGAUGAAGUCCUGACGACGAACAUCGGCUGGGACUUGGUGCAGCUGUUGCUGCCCAUGUUGCCCCAAUCCCUCGAUUGCCUGCACGACAUUGCCCGCCUGGGAAACCCAAGAGAGGUGAUAUUGCGAGUUUCCGAUGCGCUCAUGCAGUUACAACCCGAGGACGAGGAUGAUGAUAGCGACGAUGGCACGGCUAAGGCUGAUGAAGCGCCGCAAGAUGCUACGGAUGGCGGAUCGAAGAACGCGGCCCUGCCGCGCCAUAUCUUGCAGUUCAAUACUUUAGUCUCGAUGCUAUCGGUCCUCCAUUCCCGUAUCCAGACCAAAUCCCCCAGUCGGUUCCUAGCGACAUCACUGCAGGCUGUACUGGAGGCUUAUACCCUCAUGCCCACGAACGAGACGACUUAUGCGUUGCUGGAGUUCUUCAGAGACGUUUCACCGUCCAAAAGACCGGCUCCGCCACCCAGAGUGCCCAGCGAGUCGAGCGUGUUGCGUCUGUCGGAGAAAUCUGCACCUGAUCCGGAAGCAGAGGUCCAAUCCCCUUCCCCGGCAAGUGAUGAUGAAUCGGUUUUGGUUCAAAAGUUCCUACAGUUCGGCCUGAUCGAGGCUCUCAAGUCAUACCUACUGAGCUUUACUGGGCCGUCAGACCCGGGUAUGUCCUGGGCGAUUAGACUACAAGAGAAAUUGCAACCCGGUUUGCGUCUGGCGAAGCAGGAAACACCGAGCGAUGCCUUUGCCAAUCAUAAAGAGCUGAAAGAGAGGGACAUGAUCAUUGCCAAGAUCACGGCCCCGAAGGACCAGCCUCUCCCUCUUGACUUUGAGGAGCCUCCAAGGAAGGCGGACGAGAUUCCACUAGAAAGACACGGCUCCUUAUUGCUGCUCGCGGCGCGGGCGGCUACCGCAGAACUGUUCUCAUCUGGUCAAGUCAGCCCGAUCGUCAUAUUCCCUGAUUUGGCACGAAUCUUCCAAAAUUUUGUUGGAGGAUACAACUCUCCAGACGAAGUGGCAUUCGGACAGCCCCAAGUGCUGCUGGACUCUCUGCUUACGCUGACCGUCUUUUCCAUGCAAAAGCCAAGCGACACGACACCCCAUGAGAAGGACUUUGUUGACUUCGUGCUGACCCUGACUGCUUGCACUGCACGCCAAAAUUAUAGCUCCGUGCGGCGGAUUCCUGGAACAAUCAUCCGGACGCACCCCUCACAGGUCACUCAAUUCAAAGUAAUCCGAACAGUUCUGGAAGACGACCGCUUCCAGAGCGUCAAGGAUAGUGCGAUUGGAUGGCUCAGGACUGGUAUUCUCGAAGCAGCAAACUCAUCUAAAGCUGGCACUUCAGCCGAGCCCAGCGUCUACCUCGACCCGCAUUACUUCUCGGUGGUGUUCCCCUCCCUCUUCAACUCAUCCGACCUGUUCAUGAACGUAUCAUCCGACCUCGUGGCUUCCUUCAUCAAGUUCUCCCAGACUCUAUCCCCCUCCAUCCACGCGGCCCUCAGCCUCUACUACACUAUCGUAUCGUCACCGCACCUACGCAAGCAGCUCCAGCUCGAAAAGACCUACGUCUACUUCCGCAAUCGCUUCCUCGAGCCGCUCAAGUCCCUCUGCCAUGCCUUCGAAGCCGACCUGGCGCAAAAUGGCGGCGACGGGAAGAUCGAAGCGGCGGUCGGCGAGAGCCUGAGCCAAGUAGGAAUGGCGCGAUCGGUUGGCUUGAUCUCAUACAUGCUGGAACAAGUCGAAGAUGCGGUCGGGGAGGCUUUUGUGGACGAGUCCGACCUGCCCGAGCCAAGUGCGGAUGAUAUCGCGCGGGUAGAUAUGAUUCGGAAGGAGACGUCGCCUUGA